UCAAACUGAAGAUGAGUAAAUAAUAACAGAAUACAUUUUUUUGGGCUGUACUAUUACUUUAAUCACAGCUUUAUUCCACCUCACUGUUAGUUCGACCACAAAUUGGCUUUAAUUUGAUUUUCUCUCCGUUCUUUUUUAUUUCUCUAUUUCUCCUUCAACUUCACAUGUUUUUAAAAUGCCUUGUUCUGUCACGAUCCCCCUCUCUCUCCUCCUUUCUCUGUGGCCGUCUCUCUUGCUCUUUUCUCCUCUUUCUCUCUGUCUAUCCCCAUCCCUCUCUUUCCCCAUCCCUCCUUCCUCUCUCUCUCAGCAUGGCCGAACAGACUUUUCAUGGGAAGGAAUCAAUUUGUCCAUGGAGGACACGACCUCAAUCCUCCCUCGGCUGAAGAAGCGGAACUCCAACGCCUAUGGAAUCGGCGCUCUGGCUAAGUCCUCUCUGACAGGUGUGUCAGGAGUGUCUCGCUCCAUGAAGGACAAGGUGACAAAGCCGACAGCGAUGGCCCAGGGGCGCGUGGCUCACAUGAUCGAGUGGCAGAACUGGGGCAUGCAGACGGUGGGGGCGGGGGGCGUAGUAGGGGCACGCGCCUCCAGUCUGCACCUCCAACAAGAGCGCAAGCUGGAGAAUGACGCAUACAGCGACCUCAGUGACGGAGAGAAGGAGGCUCGCUUUGCUGCAGGUGUGCUUCAGCAGUUUGCCAUCUCUGAGGCGACGCUGAUGGCCUGGAGCUCUAUGGAUGGGGAGAGCACGAGCGUGGGAUCUAAUCAGGGGAGCGUAGCCCACCUGAGCGAGGCCAACCAGGAAAGCAUCACCAGCCGAGACCAGAUUGUGCACCAUUCUUCUGCAGAGGUUUGGCCCCACAGCUACGUCUCCCAGGGUCUUUACUGCCUUUCUUCCUCUGAUGCUUGGGAGCCAAUUAGUAAUGAACAGUCAGGUGUGGCCUCUCCUGCCACUGGUUCAUAUGUCAUGGCAGUCGGGACUGAGGGUGGAUAUGACCCAAGUACAGCAGCUCACUUCCUGUCCCAACAGCAGCAGUAUCAGAACCAGUUACAUCAGUUCCAGCACCUGCAGCAGAUGCAACAAUACCACCAGCAGCAGCAGCUCCUGCAGUAUCAACAACAGACACAGAUGUUGGAUCAAAGACUACACAGUGCCACUCAUUCUUUACAAGCUACUCCCAACAGCACCAUCCACAGCCUGCCCUCCCGUACUCACCCCCCGUUAGUGGAUCUGUGGGGGACAGUGGGGACAGAGACCUAUCAGGCAGACAUGAUGGGCUACAUGAGCAUGCCUGUAACAGUAGAUGGAAAUCUAACAGUCCCCACAGAGGAGGUGACGACAGAUCACUCACCUUUACUGGAAGCCCAGGAGGAAGAGAUCAAAGAGGAAGAUAUAACGUUAUGCAUGGAGCCAGAACCAGUGACUUUAAUUCCAUCUCCAAUGACGCAGAGAGAGGAAGUGACCUCAAUGGGAGGAAGCAGUCCAGGUCAAACCCCUGGAGAUUUUAUCACAGAGCGAAAGGCGUCUGAUGUCUCACCGUCUGUAAUUGAAGAGCUUGAAGAAAAGGAGGAGGAGUCCGAAUCCUUGCCUGUAGACAUCAGAGCAACCAACUAAGUGGCCGGCGAGAGACUUGAGCUGGUUUUGACAGACAUUUCAAUCAGCAUAAUCAAACAAUAUCAACUCCUAUUUCAGGAAUCAAACACUAUUGUGAAAUUCAAGUGACUGCUCGAACCCAAAAUGGAAAA